CCCCUGCUUUUCCCUCCCUCUCAGUGGUCCACACCCCCUUGGAGCGCUCACAGGAAAAGUCCAGCUGGAAUUGCUCCGCAUUGCACGGUAGAACCCUGGAGCCAGCGAGAGCGCAGGCAAGGCGCCGGGGCAGCGGCACUCAGUCGGUCUGUCUGUCCGCGGGCCUGCAUGCCCUGCCUGCCAGCCUAUCUGCUUGUCAUUCAUUGCUUCUGCCUUUUCAAGAUUGAGAGCAGUCAGGAAGCAGAGAGAGGCAGACUGGGGGCAGAGAGGGCAUACCUGGGAUAGAAAAGACCACGGGAUCAUAGGAUUUAGAGCUGGAAGAAACCUUGGAGAUCAUCUCGAGCCCUCUCCCCGCGAGCCCCUCCUCUACCCCAUCUCUCCACCGCCCCCUCCCCCCCCCCAGGUGAGCACUGGAGCAAAGAGAGAUCACAUUUAAAGAACCGCCUUGGCCUCUUUGUUGAAUGAGAAAUUCAGAGCCAGGGCGUCACCAUGAACACCAGCAUUCCUUAUCAGCAGAACCCCUACAACCCUGGGGGAGGCACCAAUGUUAUCCAGUGCUAUCGCUGCGGGGACACUUGCAAAGGGGAAGUGGUCCGUGUGCAGAAUAACCAUUUCCACAUCAGGUGUUUCACCUGUCAAGUGUGUGGCUGUGACCUGGCCCAAUCUGGCUUCUUCUUCAAGAACCGUGAGUAUAUCUGCACCCAAGACUACCAGCAGCUCUAUGGCACCCGCUGCCACAGCUGCCGGGACUUCAUCACAGGCGAGGUCAUCUCCGCCCUGGGCAGGACCUAUCACCCCAAGUGUUUCGUGUGCAGCUUGUGUAGGAAACCUUUCCCCAUUGGUGACAAAGUGACAUUCAGUGGCAAAGAAUGUGUUUGCCAAACGUGCUCGAACUCCAUGAUCAGUGCCAAGCCCAUCAAGGUUCACGGACCAAGCCACUGUGCUGGCUGCAAGGAGGAGAUCAAACAUGGCCAGUCUCUCUUGGCCCUGGAGAAGCAAUGGCACGUCAGCUGCUUCAAAUGCCAAACCUGCGGGGCUGUCCUCACUGGGGAGUAUAUUAGCAAGGAUGGAGUCCCCUACUGUGAGACUGAUUACCAUUCUCAGUUUGGCAUUAAGUGCGAGACAUGUGACCGGUAUAUCAGUGGCAGGGUCUUAGAGGCAGGAGGAAAACAUUACCACCCAGCCUGUGCCAGAUGUGUCCGCUGCCAACAGAUGUUCACAGAAGGAGAAGAGAUGUACCUCACAGGUUCUGAGGUAUGGCACCCUAUCUGUAAACAGGCAGCCCGGGCAGAGAAGAAAUUAAAGCACAGGAGGACAUCUGAGACUUCCAUCUCCCCACCUGGCUCCAGCAUUGGGUCACCCAACAGAGUCAUCUGUGCCAAAGUGGAUAAUGAGAUCCUUAAUUACAAAGACCUGGCAGCUCUUCCCAAGAUUAAGGCUAUCUAUGAGGUCCAGCGCCCAGACCUCAUUUCCUAUGAACCCUAUCACAGAUACACCUCCGAUGAGAUGCUGGAGAGAUAUAGCUAUGGGGAGUCGAUGGGAACCUUAUCGCCAUAUUCCCAGGACAUCUUUGAGAGUCUAGACCUCCGGCAACGAAGAGCCUCCAGCCCAGGAUACAUUGAUUCUCCAACUUACGGCCGUCAGGGCAUGUCUCCUACCUUUCCCCGCUCACCCCACCAUUAUUACCGCUCAGGUGCAGAGAGUGGGCGGAGCUCACCCUACCAUAGCCAGUUAGACGUGAGGUCCUCCACUCCAACCUCUUACCAAGCUCCCAAGCACUUUCAUGUUCCAGCUGCUGGAGAAAGCAACAUCUACCGGAAACCCCCCAUCUACAAAAGACAUGCAACAAAAAGCAAAACCAGUGAAGAUAUCACCCAGUCCUCCAAGUAUGCUCCGGCCUACUCCCCUGACCUCUACUAUGGCUCAGAAUCUGAGUUCUGGACCUACCACAGCUCCCCCAAAGUGCCCCGAGCCCGGAGGUUCUCAGCAGGAGGAGAAGAGGAUGAUUUUGAUCGUGGUCUACAUAAGAUCCAAAGUGGGAUUGGACGGCUGAUUCUGAAGGAGGAGAUGAAGGCUCGCUCCAGCUCCUAUGCAGAUCCCUGGACCCCUCCCCGGAGCUCUACCAGCAGCAGAGAAGCCUUGCACACUGCUGGCUAUGAGACUUCCCUCAAUGGCUCUCCUCGGUCCCAUUACCUGGCUGACAGUGAUCCCCUCAUCUCUAAGUCAGCCUCGCUUCCUGCCUACAGGAGAAAUGGGCUUCACAGGACACCCAGUGCAGACCUCUUUCACUAUGACAGCAUGAAUGCCGUCAACUGGGGGAUGCGAGAGUACAAGAUCUAUCCAUAUGAAUUGCUUCUGGUGACCACCAGGGGGAGAAACCGGCUACCCAAAGAUGUGGACAGGACACGUUUAGAACGUCACCUGUCCCAAGAAGAGUUCUACCAGAUCUUUGGCAUGACCAUCACUGAAUUUGACCGACUGGCCCUCUGGAAGAGGAACGAACUGAAGAAACAAGCUCGGCUUUUCUGAGAUCACGAAUCUAUAAAUAGACAUUUAUAUAAAGAUAUAUGUAUAAAUCUCUAUAUUGAAGCUCAGUAUAACCCACUCUCAUACAGAAGGAGAUGCUGCCUGCAGGGAUAUUUGCUUUUCUGGACUGUCGGGCAAUUUCUAAGUUAUUCAAAAGUUUUUAACUUCUUCAUUUCCUCUUUUCUAAGUGCACUGAGAUCCGGGGAGGGAUUUUCAUGGAGCUCUUGCCCUUUCACUAGGGUCUUUUUAUACAGAAACAUCUAGUUUGUGGUAACUUGGGCUCCCCCAACCCCCACCAGAGUCCCAAUCCUCUCUACCAAGAGAGGCUAUGGGAUUCUCUCCUCUGUUUGAUGCCCUGUUUCUUUCCCAAGCUUCCAUCGUGUACCUCACAUGGUGAAGUGGAAAGAGCACUGGAUUUCUAGUCAGAGGUCCUGGGUUCAGAUCCUGGCUCUGCUGCUUACUACGUGUGUCACCUUGGGUAAACCAUUUAACUCUUCUGGGCCUCAGUUUUCUCUUCCACAAAAUAAGGGGGCUGGACUAGAUUAUAUCUAAGGUGCCUUCUAGCUGUGGUUCAGACCCCUGAUUGGAUACUCCCACGGAGUGAUCCACAGGGCUCUCCAGCAUCAUUGAUCCCCUCUGGGAGCUGACUGAAUAGAGAUAAGACUUUUUCACUGUUAAGUUUGUAAUUAGGAAAUUUUGGAAGGAAAGGGGAGGUGACCUAAGUAGACUUUAUGGAAUGAGUCCCCCAUCACUAGAAAUCUUCUAGUGGAAUGAACGAGUAGAGGGGAUUCCUGCUCAGGUACAGGUUGAACCAAAUAUACUAUGGAGUCCCUCUCAGCUCUGAUACUCUAUUAUUCUCUAAGGAAGAACUUCCUAAGGACUAGAGCUGUCCAACAAUAGAAUGAAUUGCCUCAUGAGUUAGUGAGUUCCCCAUCAGUGGAGGUAUUCAAGCAGAGACUGGAUGAACACCUUCCAGAAAGAGUGGAGACAGGAUUUCUGCCCUGAGUAAGGGUUAAGGGGAACUAGAUGAAUUCUAAGCUCCCUUCCAGAUUUAAGAUUCUAGGAUUCUCUUCCUGUGGUCUGAUACUUUUAUUCUAUCCCUUUGCACAUCAGUGAAUAGUGAUGCCCUAGAAGGAAUGACUUCACCUUGUUUCCCUCCAGAUUUAUUUCCUCAAUCAUGAUCUUCCCUUUGCCCAGAAACCACAGUAAGGAGCACUUAACCUUUCUCUCUUGCUCCAGACUGCCUGACCCUUUCCCCUCUGCAGGGUAGACCAAUCCCCUAAACUCCUAUAAAUUCUGAACUCUAUAUUCAAUGUGCCUCGUGUCUCAAACACACAACAGGGAUGGUGUUCUCAUCAUUCCCUUUCUUGAUUUUAAGAAAGUCUGUGUCAUUCCAAGGAAGAUUUAUAGCCUGACACCUGCUCCUCUUGAGUAAGCACUAUCCUUUCUUGGGCCCUUUGGCUCCGUUCCUCAAAUCUGGGUGCGGUUCACCAGGAUGGCCCUGGAGAAGCAGCUGCUGAGUGGAAUAUAAUUGCUUAUAUUCCUGGGACUGCCCCUGCUUCUGCUUUCUCCCUUAACUGGCCCCUCUGCCCUUUGGAGCAGAUGCCUCUCACUCUCAUACCUGCCUUCUUUCUUGAGAGAGUGAUGGUCUGAGGAGCCAGAGAUAUAUCACAGCUUAUAUUCCCAGAAGCCCCUUGCCUUUGCUUUCUCCCUUAACUGCCCUGCAAUGGUGGAUGACUCCUCCAAGGAGACACAGAGCAUAAACUAAGUCCAUAGGUCACAUAGGACUGACAAAAGAUGAACCUAAGCCUUCUAUGCAGUUCCUGUUGGUGGAAUGAUGUUCUUCUGUUUGAUAAGAGUUUGUCAGGGCCUGUGUUAACUGGGGAAGAGACUGUCACCUGCAGAGUCUUGUGAAGGGAAACCUAAAGAUUGAUAUUCGAUGCUAUCAUUUGAAAUUCUAACCUGUAUUACAUCCUCACUUCCUGUUAGGACCUUCUUGGCUUGCAUCGUCCAGGCCAGAAGCCACUUUGGGAGCUGAGAUCUCAUCAUUGAUCUCUGAUAAUUUAGAAAGAUCUAAAAAAUUUUUGGUUAUUGUUGUUGGCUUUUUCCCUCUCCAUAAAACACAUACUUUCAACUAA